UAGUUAUUUUCUAUGCUCGCAUCAAAUUCUCAUUUCGGCUCCUUGUCUAUAGCAUCAAACUCUGUCACAUAAUUAUAAACUAUUUCCAUUGCUACAUAAUAUUCCACAAUUUCUUAAACGCCACAUAUAUAGAAAUACACACUUCCAUUAAACUCUAUCUUCAUGGAUAUCUCACUAUGUUUCUUACUUUUUGCCUUUCUCUACUUCCUCACCACUCAUCUCCUAACCAAAUUCCAAAACCUCCCACCAACCCCUUCCAUCUCUUUACCUCUAAUAGGCCAUCUAUAUCUAAUCAAGAAACCACUUCAUCGUACUUUAGCCAACAUCUCCCGCAAACAUGGUCCGGUGCUGUUUCUGAAAUUCGGGUCACGCCCUGUUCUGCUAGUUUCUUCUCCUUCGGCCGUGGAGCAAUGUUUCACCAAGAACGAUGUUGUGCUCGCCAACCGUCCCAGGUUGCUUGCCGGGAAGUACCUCGGCUACGAUUACACGACGCUUGUUUGGGCCCCAUACGGCCACCACUGGCGCAACCUAAGACGGAUUGCUUCCACGGAGAUCUUGUCCGCUCACCGGAUUCAAGCGUUUGCCGAUAUACGCAGAGAUGAGGUCCGUUCGCUGAUCAAACGGCUUCAUAGAGACUCUGGGUAUAAAGCGGUGGAUAUGAAAUCGGCGUUCUUUGAGCUGACUUUGAACAUCUUGAUGGUGAUGAUAGCUGGGAAGAGAUACUGUGGAGGAUCUGCAGAGGAGUUGGAGCAAGCCAAGAGGUUUAGAGCGAUCGUGAACGAGACUUUUCAGGUGAGCGGAGCUACGAAUAUCGGCGACUUUGUGCCGAUUGUUAAGUGGUUUAAGCUGAACAGGAUUGAAGACAAGCUCAGGGUGUUGAAGGAGAAAAGAGACAGCUUUAUGCAAGAAUUUAUCGAAGAACAUAAGCAAACAAGGAGACGAUGUUGUUCCGAUGAUCGGAGAAACAAGACGAUGAUUGAUGUUCUCCUGUCACUCCAAGAUUCAGAACCGGAAUAUUACACAGACGAAAUCAUAAAAGGCAUGGGGCAGGUAAUGUUAUCCGCAGGGACCGACACUACAGUGGCAACAAUGGAAUGGGCGCUGUCACUCUUGCUAAACAAUCCAGAAGCACUAAAAAGGGCUCAAAUCGAAAUCGACAUCCAAACGGGCGGAUCAUCAACCCUAAUUGAAGAAUCAGAUCUGCCCAAACUUCCAUAUCUGCAUGGAAUUAUAAACGAAACGCUAAGAAUGUACCCCGCAGCUCCAGUCCUGGUACCCCAUGAGUCCUCAGAGGACUGUGUUAUUGAAGGUUUUCGGGUGCCAAAAGGAACAAUGGUGCUAGCAAACUUAUGGGCUAUACAGAACGAUCCGAAGCUAUGGGAGGAGCCAGAAAAGUUCAUGCCAGAGAGAUUCCUGGAAAUGGAGGGGCAGCGAGAUGGGUUUAAGCUGAUGCCGUUUGGGUAUGGGAGAAGAGGGUGUCCUGGGGAGAACAUGGCAAUGCACGUUGCAGGAUUGGUGUUAGGAACUUUGAUUCAGUGCUUUGAAUGGGAGAGAGAUGGUGAAGAGCCUGUGAAUAUGAGUGAAGGGCCUGGGUUAACCAUGCCCAGAGUUUAUCCUUUGAUGGCUAAAUGUCGCCCAAGACCGACUAUGACCAACCUGCUUUCUCAUCUGUAAUCACUUGUCAUGUUUCUUCUACUUUGGGAUGGUGUUGGGGGCAAAUUAUGUU